AUGAAAUCCUUCGCGACCUUGUCCGCUCUCCUUGUUGGAGCAGCAACCGUUCAACCUUGCCUUGCUUCCGUCUACGGAUACUACACCUUCCAAGCCUUCUCCGGCAGUGAAUGUGAUGGAGACGCCGGAGCCGUCGACCGCUUCCCAAGUCCAAGCGGGGACACCAAAUACAUUGAUUUCACCGGCCGACACUCAUUCUAUGCCACCCUGGUUGAUGGCAAUGACGGCGGUGAAUUUCUAGCCUACGCCACGCCAUGCGUAGAUGAUGGCUGCGAUGAUAGCCUUUAUCAAUACGAAUUUGAAAUUGACGAGUCUGGCUGUGCCAACGUCAACACUGGAGGUGCUGUGAAUGGCUUUGCUCUAUUCACUACUUUCAACGGAAUUUAA